CUGUCAACACUCUUUCAAAGACUGACAAAAAUUACGUCCAGAAGAAAAAGCGGAAUGAAAGAUUAACACACGCUAAACACGCAAGGAAAUUUGCUAGAAUGAUGCUACAUACACGGCUCCGAAGUCAAACACCGGAGAUUUCACCUGCAAUUAUCUCGUAGUGAUGUAACAGAAAAUUUUGAUUGGUUGCUGACCGAAUAAGAUUUUAAUGAAUAAGAACAUUUGAGACGUGAAUUAAUAUAUACACUUAUGCUUAAUAAAGGCCUCAUUUCAGUCUCGGCUCGUUCAUUUGGUAGUUUGUGUUUUUGUGGAUGGGUCAAGUGGCUUAUUUACCGUGGCUCUUUCGGCGCUUUGAAUUUCCCGAGAUAUUGAAAUAUCUAGAUAAAUGGAUCUUGGUUUAGAUGACCAUUUAGUGAGCACCGAUGUGGAAAAGACUUCAAGAAGCCUCGCUCGUCAAUACUGAUAUAAACAGAGCAAGAGAUUUUGAAUCGUCAGUGGGUGAGCAGCUACCGCGGACGACAAACGAGAAAGUUGAACGCCGUUACCACUCGAGUUGAAACCAAACAUUAAUGCUGAAAAAUCAGAUGGCACUCGAUAAUCAGACCCUGGCCAAUGGAGUUCUUCAUUCGUCAACAAACAGGUCCUUGGUUGAACGUAAUAACACAUUACAUGGCAACAUGGAUGAUAGUUUUCGUGUCCCUCUAUCGCUGAUGUCUUGUGGUGUCGUGAUAGGGAAUUCUCUAGUCUGCGCUCUGUUUUGCAAGUUCCGUAAACUACGAACAAUUACAAACUCGUUUGUAGUGAGUUUAGCUGUAUCAGACAGCCUGGUGGCAGUUCUUUUUGUUCCAUGUUUUCUUCUCGACGGCCAUGUUCCAUUUUUUGCUCUCAUAGUGCCCUACAUUAUUGGCUAUAUUCUUUUUGCAUAUCUUUUUAAUUUCUGUGGAGUUACUUACGACCGCUACCAAGCCAUCGUGAAACCGCUUUCGUACAACUCCAGGAUCACUCGCUCCGCGGUGAAUAAGAUUUUAACGCUAGUAUGGACCAUUCCCAUGGCGUUGACUCUCAUCCCAACAACUUGGGAAACUCAACCGACAAAGAUUUUUACACUUGCAAAACGAAGCUACCAAGGAUUUUUAAUUUUGGUGGUGACAGCUUGUUCUGCAGGUAUUUUGGUGGCAUACUCCAAGAUCUUUCAAGAAACACGUCGACAAGUUAAAUGGAUGGUCGCCGUGGGGGUUCCUCAAAUCCCAGCGGCAUUUGCCGAGAAAAACUCACUUCGAGGGGACAAUUCAGGGAUAAAACGAAUGAAUAAGUCACGGAAAAUCUCCAUGAACAUUGCAGCUGAGGUCAAAGCCGCAAAAGUUUUUGCAGUUUUAAUGAUCACUUUCUCAGUAUGUUGGCUUCCUCUCAUUGUUAUUAACAUCAUUGAAGCUCUUGGCUUCCAGAAAAGUGUUCCUGAAAAGUUAAUUGUGGUCUCUCUUUACACCCUGGUAGGCAACUCUUUAAUUGACCCAUUUAUAUAUUCGUUGUACAAAACUGAUUUUCGAAGAGCAUUCAGACGUUGGUUUGGUUGUAAAGGUGCUCAACACAGUGACCAUGAAUUCACUAGUAAUUGCAGUAAUUUAUUUGGAAGGGAUUCUUAUCGGCCUCCCAAGCCCACUCAAUCUCCUAUCAAGAAAGGAAGCACUUUACCCGAACCGUUAAAUCAAUCUUUCAGCACGGAAACUUUUGUUUGACAGUAGCGAACUGAAAUGAAUUUAAAUAUGACAUUUACGGUUCAUAAAGUUACAAACCGCAGCCCUUUUAGACAAACUAUAUAACUGGCAGUGAGUUUAAAAACAAGUGCACAGUAGCCUAUCUCGGGGACUGUAUUUUUGAGCCUGUACUUGUUAUAAUGUUUAAUAUGAAGCAAAAGUAUUUUGAUGUAAAAACACAGAGCAAGAAAAUAGCCUAGUAAAAGCUAGCCUGAAGAAACAACCUAAGAAAGUUUAUAUGUGGUUUUUGAAUAUGUUAUCUUUGUGUUUUGGCGCAGUGUUUUCUUUAAAUGACAGAACGAAUGCUAAUCAAAUCUUCAAAGGCAAUAACGAUACGUUAUUCAAUAUAAAAACAAUGAACUUAACUAAUAUCGAAUGACCUGAAAAAUAACACAAAUGGCGACAAGGAGAAUUACGAUUACAGAAUAUUUUUUAUUUAUAGGAUGUAAACGUCGCGAAAUUCGGUGGUAUAUCAAUCUCACAUUUCAUGAAAGGGCUAUAAACGCUCUCUUAGUAAGCUUGAUAUUUGGUUUCAAGCUUUAUUGCCCACGUUUUAAAUAUUCUAAUAUCUAUGAAUUUUAGAUGCGGCCUCUAUAAGGGAUGUUUGAAAGCAAAGGAAAGGUCAAUAACUUAAACCAUCAACUUUAAUCAGUCGCUCGUCCAAAAAUUAAAAUUAAAUUUAAAGAAUAUGACCGGUGUUAGCGAAGGAAUAAUAAUAAAGGGGAAAAAAAUUUAAAUGCACCGAGGCAAUAAAGCAAGAAUAAUAUUUCAAUAAAUGUCUUUUACGAGACGGUACAAGAUUAAUAAUAAGCUAACACGCUAAGGUAGAACAUAACAUAUCUCUAAGAUCUGUCAUAUUGUGCAAAUAUUGGAAAAUCAACUCAACGUUUCGAAAUCAUUGCCCCAAUAAAAUAAAAUAUGCUGCUUUUUUCCCCAUAAAACGGAUUGAGAAAAAAUGAAGACAAAAUUGAAAAGAAUGUGGUUGCAUGGUGUACGGUAAAGUAAGAAA